GAACGGCUGAAUGUGCUGCUGCCUCGGUGUGUUGGGCGAGUGAUUGUGAUGUGAGGCACAAAGUGUAAGAGUUGGGACUAACCAUGCCCGUCGCAUUCCCACGAAGGUGGUGUACUAUAUCAUUCAGUACUCGGGAAUGCAUAUGCGCUGGGAGCCGCGCAGGUGGCGGGCCGUUGAAGGAAAUGUCAAUACCGCUUUGGUAUUUAUACGGGUUUGUUAAGCUUCGCCACAUAAUGGUCACAGAAAGUCUGAUCCGGGUUUCGUCAAGUUCUAGUACCCCUCCGCUGAUAAUACAACGUAGCAAAAUAUCUUGCCCGAAGGCCGGCCACGAUCCACGCGUGUCAGCCUCGAGCCAUUCUCGUCGGAUUAAUCAUGGCCAUUUAUUUUUACUUUCAGCCUUCUUAGUUUUCAAUCUUGGCCAAUUUUCUCAACAAUUUUUCGUUCUAAAAAUAAACUCCAAAGUAGAUGUUUUGAUGUGUGGCAGCUACGCAUCCUGGACUAUCACACAUUCACCGCGCUGUCUUGAACCAGACUAUGGAUACAAGGGCUUGGACGUAAAGUGACGGAAGAAGAUGGAAAAGAGGAGACUUUCGGGUGAAGCAUGUCACUUGCUAUGUGAAAGCCUCUUGGUAUCAAAAUUAUUGGAGACACUUCUGACUGGAACCGGGAUGUUAUGGAUGUCUUCCCUCAAAUCAUCAUCCCGGAUAUUACGAUACAAACGAU